AUUUUACGGCUAACAAGAAUUAUGGGUCGAAAUCUGGAAUGGGACUAAGGUUAAACAGUCGCAAAACGUGGCCCCCUGCAGCCUCUGAAUGGGGAAUAGCUUUAAAAGCCGUCAUUAUGGAAACUAUAUUACUAGAGAAGAAAAAUACAGAAAAUGAUAAUUCUCAAGCAGGAGUCGGUACUUGGAGUAGAGUGAAUGAUUUGGAUAGUCUUUUGACGUUUGGUGUUAAACCAGAUAUGGAUCAUUGUAGUGAUCCUAAUGCAUUAGAAGCAUUGGAUACGCUUUAUAUGGAUUAUAAACCUCCUUACCCGAUCAAUGUGAUAAUAACUCCAAGUUCAUUAGAAAUGUAUAAUCGCCUAUUUGUAUUUCUUUUACGAAUGUUACGAAUGGGUGUAGUAAGUCGUCAUAUAUAUCGGCUCUUACAUGAUCGGUACCUUAUUGAUGAUAAAGAUACUGUAGAAGACAAGAAUCUGGCGCAAAAAUUUCGAUUUGAAGCACAACAAUUUAUUUCAGCACUUCAGGGGUAUACAUUCGAUGUAGCAGUAUCAUCUACUUGGUCACAUUUUGAAAAAUAUUUGAAAAAAGUUAAAAAGGAAUUGAAAUUUCAAUUAGCGCGUGAGCAUUCAUAUGGUGCAAGCCCUUUAGACAGUCAUUCAGAUUCUCUUUCAACUGAUAUCACGGAUGAUAUUGAAGAAAACAAUGAUGAUGAUAAUAAUGAAUGCGUUAGGGAUCUUGAAUCAUUGCGUGCUUAUCACAAUCACGUUCUAGAUCGCAUGCUUUUUCAAUGUCUACUUGUAAAGGAGCAAGAGCCAAUUACGGAAAUUCUUAAUAGAAUUCAGACUCUAAUACUCGAAUUUGCCAAACACUUGCAAAUACGACGUUCUCGUACUUUUGAUGUACAUAUGCGACUUGAGUAUUGGAGAAAGAUCAAAAAUUUAUAUGAUCAAUUUCGCUCACAUGUGGGAACGUUAAUCAAAACACUAAUAGCACUUGAAGAAAAAGGCGGAGGAAGAAUGAGCAACAUCAUAUCUACUUUUCGUUUUUUAGUAAAAUAG